GGCGGCGGGAGACCCGGGAGCCAUGGGGUGCAGGCGAGACGCCAUCCUGGAGGCGCUGGAGAACCUGACCGCCGACGAGCUCAAGAAGUUCAAGCUGAAGCUACAGUCAGUACAGCUGCGCGAUGGCUACAGGCCCAUCCCUCGGGGGAAGCUGGAGACCAUGGACGCCGUGGACCUCACCGACAAGCUCGUCAGCUUCUAUCUGGAAGGGUAUGGAGCCGAGAUUACGGUGACGGUGCUUCGGGACAUGGGCUUGCAAGAGAUGGCUGACCGGCUCCAUGAGGGGACACUCAAGGGCCCUGGAGUUGCACCAGCUGGGAGCAAGGCCCCUUCUCAGAUAACAGCCAAACCAGCACUGCACUUUGUGGACCAGCACCGAGCAGCACUCAUCACACGUGUAACAGAUGUUGAUGGGGUGCUGGAUGCGCUGCAUGGGAAGAUCCUGAAUGACGAGCAGUACCAGGCAGUGCGGGCAGAGGCCACCAAUCCACUGAGGAUGAGGAAGCUCUUCAGCUUUGCUCCAUCCUGGAACCUGACCUGCAAAGACUUGCUCCUCCAGGCCCUAAGGGAGACCCAGCCCUACCUGGUGGCUGACCUGGAGUAGAGCUGAGGCAUCUUCCUACCCAAAUGGUCCUACACUCAACCCUUAGCAACUCCAGCCAAAACAUCCUGGAAUCUUUUUUUAUAUAU